AUGCAGUCGAGAAUCGUCGGCUACGCUCCGGUGUUUACCCUCUUCCCAAGCUUAAACACACCUCACAAAACCUUCACUUUCCACCAGAUCUCUGUUCUCAUCAUCACCUUCAUCGCCUACGCCUCCUUUCACGCCUCUCGCAAACCUCCAAGCAUCGUCAAGAGCGUCCUCGGACCUUCCGUUGCAUCGAAUUCAUCGUCGAUCGAUGCCGGAUGGGCUCCGUUCAACGGAGACAAAGGAACGCAGAGACUCGGCGAGCUCGAUCUCGCUUUCCUCUCGUCGUACGCGAUUGGUAUGUAUUUCGCUGGGCAUUUAGGUGAUAGAAUCGAUUUGAGACACUUCCUCGUGUUUGGAAUGAUGGGCAGUGGGAUUCUCACAGUUGUAUUCGGAUUAGGGUUUUGGAUGAAUGUGCAUUUGCUCUGGUUUUACAUGAGCGUGCAGAUUGUUUGUGGGCUUUUCCAGUCUAUUGGAUGGCCUUGUGUUGUCUCUGUUGUUGGGAAUUGGUGUGGGAAAGAGAAACGUGGAUUGAUCAUGGGUGUGUGGAACUCUCACACCUCUGUUGGGAACAUUGUUGGCUCUGUGAUCGCUUCCUCUGUUCUUGAUUUCGGCUGGGGAUGGUCAUUUCUUCUCCCUGGUGUUCUUGUGAUUGUAUCUGGAUUAGUUGUGUUUUGCUGCUUAGUGGUGAGUCCUAAUGAUUUGGGGUUUGAAGAGCCUGGCAAAGAGAUUGAGAUGGGUUUGGCUGAGAAUGUUGAGGAGAGUCUGAGGAAAACUGAAGCUGAAGAUGCAGAGCUUCUUGAAACUGUGAGAUUGGAUGAUGAUGAUGAUUUGUCAGCUAUUGGGUUUCUUGAAGCGUGGAGAUUGCCUGGUGUUACGCCUUUCGCUUUCUGCUUGUUCUUCUCGAAACUCGUCGCUUACACGUUCCUCUACUGGUUACCUUACUACUUAAGGCACCAAGCUGUUGCGGGUGUGCAUCUCUCACACAAGACGGCUGGGAUACUAUCGACAGUCUUUGACAUUGGAGGAGUGUUUGGUGGGAUCUCAGCAGGAUUCAUUUCGGAUAGAAUCAAGGCUCGUGCACUCACGUCGGUUGUGUUCUUGUCGCUCUCGAUUCCUUCAUUGAUCAUGUACAGAGUCUAUGGGAGUGUGUCAAUGUUGAUCAACAUCGGUUUGAUGUUUAUAUCCGGUUUGUUAGUGAAUGGUCCUUACGCGCUGAUAACCACAGCAGUUGCAGCUGAUCUUGGAACGCAGGAGUCCAUUAAAGGGAACGGUAGGGCGUUGGCGACAGUGACCGCUAUUAUAGACGGUACUGGCUCGGUUGGGGCAGCGUUAGGACCGUUGCUCGCUGGUUACAUAUCGAGAAGAGGAUGGAACAGUGUUUUUUUCAUGCUUAUUGUUUCGAUUUUCUUUGCCGGUUUGUUCUUGGUUCGGCUUGCUAAAGCUGAGAUCAAAGCUAUGAGUUCCGGUGAAUUGGUAGCGACGUCUGAGUGA